AUGGGUACGAACGACGUGUUGUCGACGCUGCGGCGAAGCCUGCAAUCUCCCGUCAUCUUUUCCUCGAACGUGCGCAAACUCAUCAAGACCAAAGACCUGACGUCCCUCGAUGCCGUGCUCGCGUCGGUCCGUAUGGCUAACGACAGCGACUCGCUCCUGCUGCUGUGGCAGUUCCUUCUCGACAAUCUCUUCCCCGUGCACCCAGAACGCCGCAUGGAAGAAUUGUGCUUGCAAAAGUGCCUUGUGGCAUUGCUCGAUCGUCCAGAAAUCGCCACCAACUCGUCUCGUAGAGCAGAUGCCCUCACAACUGCCACGCUCCAGCUGGCGGCACGACUGAAUGCCCACCCGAACAAGCUCGACGACCUCGAGUCCAGGCGCGGGGACACCCAAUUCUGCACACGGUUGUUGGCGUUUGCAUACCUUCAGCAGGAGACAGUGCGCCAACAAGUCGUGGCCAAGGUAGCCCAAGUAACCCAACACCGCGACUGGUUCAAGAAACCGAUGGCCCCAGCCGGCAGUGCAUUCCCACACUGGGUGGCGUCGUUGUUGCCCGUGGCCGUGCAGAGCACCGACGUGACCACGUUCGAGCAAGCGCUGCUGCACUGGUUCACAGUGGAGCCGCCCUUGGACGACAAGCCGCUGCCGUUUCAUUCGCACGACGAAGCCGCAUUAUUUGCGUCGCUGAUUGACAGCGGCGAGUUUUUCUUUACGUUUGUCACGAGCUUGAUUCAGUCGCGGAAAGUUGAGACCGUCACCAACGACCAGUGGGUUGCCGCCAUCCCGCAUUACAACACCCUCAUCACGGUCGCACUUAGACUUCUCCAUGAAGCCGCGUACAAGCGCCAAUUCUACGACUUUACCGCUCCGAAACACGCCACCCUCACGCUCAACCGCGCCAACCAGGAUGUGGUGCUGGCGCUGAGCGGCCACCUCCUCAAAAACGUCGACCUCGUGCACAUUUGUGUGCUGGCGUUGUUCGAGUCGACCAACUUGGCCAACCCAAAGAGCGUCGGCGUGUGUCUGGACCGACUGGCGGCGUGGAUGGCGCUGCCCGGCGUGGUGUGGCUGUCGUCGAUCAAGACGUCGCCGGCAGAAUUCAACUGGACAGUCGCCAUCCGACUACUUUUGCAUUGCGAUCACGCCGAAGUGGUCCUGCGGACGCUCCAAUUUCUCUACAAAGUGCUGGGUGUGUUGCCGUGGGAGCUCCGCCACCGCCUCUUGCGCUCGCUAGCCCAACGUCACUUUGCCCUGUUUCUGCACUGGCACUGCGACGUGCGUGUGCUGUACCAUCACGUGCUCGUGUACAAGAUCUGUCCUCAUGUACACCGCGCCGUCUUGGACAGCGCGACGGACGUGCUGUUGUUACGCACAGACAUGCCAUCGAUCGACGACCUUGACGAUAGUCAUUCCAGUGGUAGCAGAGGCAACCACAGCACCGUCGCCCGAGAAGUCCAAGUGUGGCGGAAUUUUGACGGGUUUGUCGCCCUCGUGUGCUUUCAGGAGCGCGCCCGAGCCAUGGACGCCAACAAAGCCCACAAGCGAGAGAUAGAAUUCGCGCAGAACCGCGUGGCCCAUCUUGCAAAACUGAUGUCCGUCGACGACGCCCUGGCGAGGCUGAGCGUCGAGUCGACGAAUUCCGAGCCUCUGGAUAAACUUCCGGCCAUGUCGUCCAUGUUGUCGGUCGCCGACUCCUCCGACGUCGACGUCGUUCGCACGUCGGAACGACUCGCACUCGCCAAGUUGUCGCGCGCCCCGCCCUACUUGCGCCACGUCCCAGACGACGAAGUGCAGCACCUCGAGUCCGUAGUGCGCGCGGCGUGUCCGUCCGACAUUAACGUCUUGUACCCCAAUGAACUGCAAGUUUAUGCACGGGAAUCGCUCAAGAGCUAUGUCACCGUGCUGCAAGCGUACUAUGACUCGUGUGUGGUGGACACCAAUGGCGACUUGAUGCUGGGGCAGUUGCCGCCGCCACCAUCAUUAGACUAG